UAUUUGGAGCUCUCCUUUCUCCAUGGCUACUAAAUCAAAUCACUUCUUUGCAAUUCUCAUCUUCGGGCUGCUUGUAACUCUCUCUCUCUCGAUUUCACAGGUCAAUUUGCAUCUCAUUUCCUUCGUUUCAUCUUUAAAUAAUUAUUCUUAUGCAUAUAUAUUUAUCGAAACACUAUGCUACAUAUAGCUAUUCUUUCUUGUAUUUUAAUUUCUUCUAUGUUAAUUUAAUUUUAAAUUUUUUAACAGAUUCAUUAUACUCCUAUAAGUACCUGGGUCUACGAAAAUAGUCUUGUUUUUAUAUUUUGGGUCAUUCACCAAAAUCAAUUUCUAUCUAUUUAUAAUAAGGUUUUUCCUCUAAUAAAAUUAUGACUAAUUCUCAACAAAUAAUACUUCAAUAACUAUUUUUCCAUCUUCUGUAUUUUACAAAUUUUACAUUAAAACUCAGUAACAUCCACACCAAAACUUUUUUUAUGAAUGGAGAUAGUAGUAAAAAAAAAUAAAUUAAAUUUUAAAUUUAUAUUUAAGAUUUGAAUAUUGUUGUUGAGUGUUCCAUAUAACGGUAUGAAAUAUUUUUAAACUCUUAUCUUUAUUGUGCAUAGAAUUGAAGUUCUCUUGUAUGCAUGUGUUGACCUUAUAACCUAGUGAAAGUAAUUAACGCUUUGAAGUCAAAUGUCUCAAUUCUUUAGAAUUGCUGUAUACGAAAAAUAGUUUUAUUUUUCAUUUUAAGAUGUCCACAAAAAAAAUAGUCUUAUUUAUAAAAAUGAAAAAUUAAUUUCACUUUUUCUCAUCCCUCUUUACUUUACCUACUUUUUUCUCCCCAUCUCUCUUACAUUUAUCCACUUUUUCUCCCCAUCUUUCUUAAUUUAUCAAUUUCUAAUUAAAACUCGUGUUGUCCACAAAUGAGACUCUUUUUGUGGAAAGAAGAAGAGGGAAUAAUAAUAAUUUAUCAAUGAAAAAAAGAGAAGGAAUGAAUCUUUCUUGAAAACCAUCUUUACUCAUUCAAACAUACUAUUGAACACAAGGACAACAACAAUGCAGUUGCCGAGGUUGGAGUUUGCUACGGAAGAAAUGGCAACAACCUCCUCUCGCCGGCGCAAGUGGUGAGCCUCUACAAGCGCCACAACAUCAAAAAAAUGCGCAAUCCUCGACGCCCUCCGCGGCUCCGGCAUCGAGCUCACAGUGGCCAUCACCAACCAAUUCAUCGAGCGCCUGGCAAACGAUGCCAACAACGCCAAUGCCUGGGUCCGCGACCACGUCCUCCGCUACCCCGACGUCAAUCUCAAGUCCAUCUCCGUCGGCAACGAGGUCAGCCCCGCCGACGCCGCCACGUCACGCUACGCGCGCUUCGUCUUCCCCGCGAUGUGCAACGUCUAUAGAGCCAUCUUCAGCGCCCGACGCGAUGGCCAGGUCAAGGUCUCCACCACCGUCAGCAUGAGCACCCUCAGCAAGUCGUUUCCGCCGGAGGACGGCGCUUUCCGUGACGACGUGGCGCCGUACCUGAGGCCGAUUUUGGCGUUCAUGAUGGACACCGGCGCGCCUUUCAUGGUGAAUGUGUAUCCUUACUUUGCCUAUGUCGAUAGUAAGGGGCAGAUCGAUCUCGGAUACGCGCUAUUGGAGCCGGGUCAUGGGAUUCAGAUAAACGGAGUCUAUUACGCCAAUCUUUACUAUGCGAUGGUCGAUGCUGUCUAUGCGGCGAUUGACAGGAUGGUCAAUCCUUCGCUACAUACGACCGGUGGUAUGCAUAACCGUACAUCCGAAAAGAAAGCAGGGAGUAGGGGCGGUCGGGCAGGGCCGAAAGUAGUGGUGACGGAGAUGGGACAUCCCUCAAGCGGUGGCCCAUCGGCAAACUUGGUUAAUGCGAAAACUUUUAAUGAGAAUUUGCUUGGUGUUGUGGAUAAUGGGACACCGAGACAUCCUGGGCCUAUAGAGACCUACAUAUUUGCUCUGUUUGAUGAAAAUUUGAAGCCCGGCGCCGAGACGGAGAGGAAUUUUGGGCUUUUUUAUCCAAACGGACAGUCCAAAUAUGACAUGAAUUUCAACUAGUUUUUGUUUUAUGAUGCCCAUGUGCAUGCUAUGGAGACCGUGUCCUCUUAUCAAUGUUUUCGAUCCAAAAAAGGUAGUUAGUCAUCUGAAAGUAAGUCAUGUUUUGAAGCAUAUGUAAUAUGAUCGAAGGAACAUACUACAUAUAAAUAAAUAAAUAAAUGUUAGAUAA